GCAACAGCAGCAGCAGAGCGAUUCCAACAUUGGAGAACUGUCAUCUAGGAAUGCUUCAAAUAUCAAAUCAUCAGAUGUUUAACCUCGCAUCAGAAGAAUUCAGUUGUAAAGAACUGCAAAUGAUCUUAUGCAAAGAGUUGACAAAUAGUGAUGUUUCAAACAUUGGGAGAAUUGUACUACCAAAGAGGGAGGCUGAGGCUUAUCUUCCUCCAUUAUCUGAAAGAGAAGGGAUCCUGCUUGACAUGGAUGACAUGACACUUGCAGUUACAUGGAAGUUCAAGUUCAGGUUUUGGCCAAACAACAAGAGUAGAAUGUAUAUAUUGGAAAAUACAGGUAUGGAAGAACAACUUCAUAGUUUCUAGACCACAGCUCAUUCUUAUUUUUUCCAUGAUCAGCUGGUUUUGUCAGAGCACAUUGCCUUCAAGCAGGGGACUUUUUAUUCAUCUACAGGAAUCCAACAUCCGGGAAUCAUAUUAUCAGAGGAAACAAGGGAAUGCCACAGCGGAGUCCUUUGGAUUCACUACAGUAUAGCAGUAGAAACCAGUUCAUCGUCAAUGAAGACUGCUGCAGCUCAACAUUACAUGUCAAGAAAGCUAGAAGUGAUAGGAGGCACUCUCCUAUCAACCCAAACAAAAUAAUUGGACAUGGCAGCAGUUCUCUCACCAUGACUGAGCUAAAUGAUCUUGAAGGGGACAUUACUUGUCAUCCUCACUAUUUUCCUGAAUAGAUGUUGUUUGUUUUAUGGCAUUUACA